AUGAAUACCGAUUCCAACUUGGAAGACCAAUAUGCAGCCCUGAACAUUGAAGAAGAUGAGGAAGAAGGAUUACUCUUUGAAGGGGAACAUGAUGAGGCCUUUGAGAUAGACGAUAGAUGGUGUUUGGUGGGACGUUUUCUCACCCACAGAUCGAUUGAUUUUCAAGCGAUGCAAAAUAAAAUGGCACAACUAUGGCAACCGGGGAGAGGAAUGUAUGUGAAAGAAUUAGAAAACAAUUUGUAUUUGUUUCAAUUUUACCAUGAAGUGGACAUUGAACGAGUUAAGGAAGGAAGCCCAUGGACUUUUGACCGAGUUCCUUUGUUAUUUGAGCGACUCAAACAAGGCAAAAAUCCCAGAUCAGUACCACUUAAUCGAAUUGAUUUCUGGGUACAGCUUCACAAUUUGACAACGGGUUUUAUGUCGGAAACAGUGAUUCGGGGACUGGGUAAUUAUCUUGGGGAAUAUGUCAAAUCGGAUCCUAACAACUUUGUUGGUGUAUGGAGGGACUAUCUGCGGAUUCGGGUAAAAAUCAAUGUCACUCAGCCACUAAAAAGGAAAAAGAAAUUGAUUAAACAGGGAGGAUUAAGUUGCCACGCUCUGUUCAAGUACGAGGACCUUCCAACCUUCUGCUUCAUCUGUGGAGUUCUUGGACACUCCGAGAGGUUUUGCGAUCGUCUCUUUGAUACUCCCUAUGAUCAGUUAGAUAAGCCUUAUGGCCUAGAGAUGAAAGCACCCCCGAGACGAAGGAAUUACGCUGCUGGUGCGAGAUGGUUGAAACCAGGAAUUGCCACGAAGACCGGCGGUGCUUCUUCCUCCGACCACUCUACUGUAUCCAAUUCCAUUAAUGCUGUAUCUUCGACAGCCAAACAAAGCAGCAAAUCAGGGUACGGUCAACAUGGAAUAAAUCAAGCACAAAAUGUGGGAUUCAAUCAAAAUAAAUCAAUCAGUGCAGCCAAUCAAGCUACAAGAAAUAUGGAAGAGGAUUUCCCACUAUUGAAUGAGAGGCCGAAUAAGGAAAGUGUGGGAAAGGAGCAAUUUCAAACUGAAGAAGGGGGAACUGAUAUGGCAAAUCUAAUUAAUAAUGAGGAGGCUCUUCUUAUUAUAGAAAAUAAGAGAAGGAGAAUGGGUUUUGCCAAUCAAAGUGGGCUUUUGGUUAUGGAAAACGUGGGACAUGGGACAAAUGUGGAAAAUACCACUGGGCCUACCGAUUUAAUAGAUGUGGAUAUGGACGCUGAAGCAAAUGGUAGUACAAAAAACUUGUUUGGGGCGGGUUCUGGAUCACAGACCCGCCAGGAAUUAUGA